AUGGACUAGCGUAGUUAAGAGGAAAAAAUGUAAUGAAGAUGUUAAUGCUUCAUUCAGCGAUUCUACUCUGGACUGACUGCUCAAGGAAUAAUUCCAAAAGCCUUCCAAAUACUUCAAUUCUACAUUUAGAUGAGGGGAUUCUUCUAGAAAUAUUUGAUUAUUUGGAUAUUUUAGAUUUACUUCGAGCUGGGCAAGUCUGUCAGCAAUGGUACAGAAUUUCAAGGGACUAUUACCUUUGGAAGUCUCUAGAUUUAAAAACACUUAGAAAGCCUUUUUCCAAGGACAAUUCAAUUGAAACUCUAUUCCGAAGGUGUCCCGUCUCGAGACUAAUCAACCUCGACCUCAGUGGCUUACAGCUAACAGGAAGGAUUUUCACGACGUUGGCACAAAAUUGUCUUCACUUAAGAAAACUUGUUUUAAAUUCAACAAAUUUUGUAGCUGAAGAAACUGAAAAUGAUGAAGAAAUUUUUUUAUUUCCAGAAAAAUUGGAAUACUUGGAUCUUCGGUUUUCUGAAGGUCCCGCGAGAUUCUAUUUGACUGUUUCAAGGUAUCUUGGCCAAGUGGAAUGGUUUGGAUUGUGUGACGCGUUCAUCUACCCACUAUAUAAGGACGGGAGCCUGGACACUACUAUUAUGAACAUGCAAAAUUUAAAGAGCCUGGACACUAGUCACUGCCUAUUGGCUAAAGACAAUUUGGUCUCCAUGGUAACGUCAUGUCGGAAACUAGAGGUACUGAGCAUGCGUAAGUGUCUGUGCGUGCGGGGACACACUCUUGGUGAGUUGCUUAGCAACUGUAAGAGUCUCCGAGGUUUGAUACUGGAUGGGACGAGUGUGGAUGAUGACGUCAUCAGUUCGUUGCCAUGGGAACACACCAGAAUGGAUUAUCUUGAACUUGGUUGGUGUCCUCUGGUUAGUACCGAAGGACUUCGAGUGGUUCUGGAUAAACUCUCUCGCUUGAAAUCAUUAGAGUACUUGGGGCUUUGUUCUACUGGUGAUGGUAAAGCGAUCAGCGACGUCAUACUGGAAGACUUGAAAAAGGCUUUAUCUAAGGGACUAUUUUGUAGCUUGAGGACCCUUAAUAUCACGUCUUCGAAGAAAGUCACUGAAAAAGGACUUAGGUCCUUUAUUGAAGAGUUUUGUCCAAACCUUGAGGUCAAGGUCGGCAAAUGCUAUGCUCUCGAGGGGUUUUCGAUCCAAAGUGACGACCGGACCUGGGAAGAUGAAAAUAAUAAUAACGGCCCAGCACACAAGAAGUGGAAAUGCAACUUCCGGUCAAAAAGAUCUAAUAACCAAAUGGAACAAUAUUUCCUCGAGUCUCCGCUGUAAUCUGGUGACAAAACUAAAGACUUUGCGUGAGACAUUGCGUUACCUCGCGUGACGCAUGGUUGACACGAUGGGUGACAUAUCGUAGUGAUAUGCUCACUAGCUUUGAUAGUAUAAUGAGUCACGGACUUAAACAUGCGUGACAUAUUCAAUCGCUUAUUCACACGCAUAACCGAUUUGAUUAUGUACGAUAGGUCACGGGUUGUACCUUGUGUGAUACACCCUACCGUACCUAUUGUAUGAUGGGUAACAGAUCAUACCCUACGUAACACGCACAACCAAUUUGAUUAUAUACGUUAGGUCACGGGUUGUACCUUGCGUGACACACACAAACGCACCUAUUCUGUGACGGGUAACAGUCCGCACCCUACGUGAUGCAUAUCCUCUGGGGAAGGCAGAGGACAUAUUCAAUUAUUUUGGUUGGACGAUGGUUUACAGACAGAACCUUGCUUGAAACACCCGACCAAAAAUUUGGAUGUUAGGUAACGGAUCAUACGUGACAUUUGUCGUACAUAAUAAAUUUAUAUUUAAUAAAGGAAUGAAUCAGAUAUCAA